AUGGCAUCUCCGGCCCAAGGAAGUGGGAACGGGCAGGCUGCCCUCCCUCCAGUCGACAUCAAACCUCUUCUGACCAAAUUAUGGCCCAACGGCAAUCAAGUCUCUCCGGCAGAGAUCGCCGAGGCGAUUUCGCAUUUCUUCACCAAUCAAGUGACUGAAGCUCAGACGGCUUCAUUGCUUAUGGCUCUUCAUUUCACGAGGAUGGACUUUCGUGCCGAUGUUCUGGCUGAGAGUGCCCGCGUCAUGCGAGCGGCCGCAGCGCCAAUCCCCGCAGAGGAGCUCCGAGCCGUGAUUGAGCGUCGAGGGAAGAAAGAGGGCAAGUACAAUGGCGGUCUGUGUGAUAUUGUUGGAACUGGUGGUGACUCACACAAUACCUUCAACAUCAGCACGACGUCGUCUAUUCUUGCUUCAGCACUGCUCCUGGUGUCCAAGCAUGGAAAUAAGGCCAGCACUUCCAAGUCGGGCAGCGCCGACUUGGUCAACAACAUGAAGCCCCGUCCUCCCAUCAUCAGUGCUGUCCGCCCAGACACGUUGGUCAAGGCGUACUCGGCUACAAACUACACCUUCCUAUUUGCUCCCGUCUUCCAUACUGGGAUGCGCUACGUGGCUCCUAUUCGCAGACAACUCCCCUGGAGGACAAUUUUCAACAACCUUGGUCCUUUGGCAAACCCUGUCGAGGACGUCCUUGAGGCUCGCGUCAUUGGUGUCGCCAGGAGAGAUCUUGGCCCCGCCUUUAUUGAAGCAUUGAAGAUUGCUGGCUGCAAAAAGGCCUUGGUCAUUUGCGGCGAGGAGGAGCUGGACGAGGUUAGCUGCGCUGGUAGAACCCUCUGCUGGAUGUUGAAGGAGACGACCCCUGGCGGCGAGGUGGAGAUUGAGGACUUCACCAUACAGCCCAGUGACUUUGGCCUCAGCUCCCACCCCCUAGAUACCGUGUCCCCCGGAAAGGAGCCGGCCGAGAACGCUGAUAUCCUUUCCGCGAUUCUGCACAACGAGCUUCCCGAUGAUUCUCCCCUCCUGGAGUUCGUUCUUAUGAACACGGCCGCGCUGCUCGUCGCAUCCGGCAUCUGCGAGGCUGACACCAGCGACAUGGGCCAUGGAGACGACGGUAAGGUUGUCCACGAGCGUGGCCCUGCUGGCCAGCGCUGGAAGGAAGGUGUCCGCCGAGCUCGUUGGGCUCUCAAGAGCGGCCAGGCCUGGAAGCAGUGGGAGGCAUUUGUUGACGUCACAAACGAGAUUGGCGCCUAA